UGUAAUGUAGCAGAUAGAGAAGAAGUCUUUAGAGUAGCGGAGAAAGUAAAAAAAGAAGUAGGUGACGUUACUAUCUUGAUCAACAACGCCGGUAUAGGAUUUGCUAAAUCACUUUUAAAUCAAAGUUUCGAUGAAAUUGCACGUGUUAUAAACGUCAACGUGAUAGCGCAUUAUUGGACAUUACGAGCAUUCUUACCAAGUAUGAUAGAAAAAAAUCACGGUCAUGUCGUAGCAAUUUCAUCAGUACUAGGAUUUAUUGGAGUCCCUUAUGGAACAGCCUAUUGCCCUUCGAAAAGCGCAAUCAAAACAAUGAUGGAAGCUGUAUCUGAAGAAUUACGUGCAUUAAGUAACGGAAAAUCAUCAGUUAAAUUCACUACUAUUUAUCCGAGCCUAGUGCUUACCGGAAUA